AUGUGCAUCUUAGCCGCGCUGCUUGGAAGCCACAGCGCCCAUAAUUAUAUCUAUAAGCAGAAAGAUCGGCCGGAAUAUCGGCAAAUGCGCGAUAAGAUCCUGUUAUUGGGUCAACCGAAAAGCGAACAGCAGGAGGCACAAGAAUUACGUGAUAUUCUUGCCGCCGCUGGCCAGACCGAAAUGGACACUAAUCAAGGUGGUCCUAAUCAGUUUUAUGACGAUAUGGACGAGCGGAUGAAGCGAUUCGCAGAUCGUCAAAAUCAGUAUGAGACUGGCACCAGCUUCAACAAUCGGAAGCACGUGCCCGAUUCACCGGAUACUCCUUCGGGAAGUAAGACCGAACAGCCAGUGUAUAAAAUGCGCGUCGUAAAUACUCCUACGACGAGCAAAGGCAAUGUGACAGGAAAUCGGUCCGCACAGCCGCAAUUAGGAGUGGCAGGAUGUACGAAUCCGCCGCCCAAACCGAGCGCGCCCACGGGAAGCAAACCUGUGUUGAUUCCACGAGCGGUGGAAAAUAAGCAAGCCGUGGCAGUAUCGUCCGCUCCAGCGUCGAUUAGUUCGACGACUGUGAAAUCGACAGAUACGAUGCAAGGACAGCAGCAACCGGCUGCUCCUGUGCCAACUGCAGCCGUCCCAACUGGACAAAUGAGUGCGCAAGAAGCUGCUAAAUUAGCAGCGUUGAAUGCUCGUAAUGAAAAGUUACUGAGCACUAUAUCGUUAUCGCGCAUGAAACCGCACGAGAGGAAGUUUUACGAAACUACUCAGAGUUUCCGCGAUCAUGUUGAACCAUCGAGCGAUGAGUAUGUGCAUAGCAUACUUAAAGAAUUGGUCAAUAAUAAAAUCACCGAUAUGUCGAGAGAUGAAUACGACUUCUAUUCGACUGAAAUUCAUCGAUGGCCGAAAGAAGAAAUUGCGACUGGCCCAGUGCCAGAUAAUUCAUUCAUUAAAUUACCGACUGCGCUAAAUGGCGAAGAGACCGAAGUUUUCCACGAUACUGUGGAAGAGCCGCAAACAGUUGCAUUGACAUUAGUCGAACCGGCACAAGGUGUGCUUUCUGAAGCGAUCGGCACAGCACUGAGUGUUGUAGCUGCUGGCGUUGUAACCGAAUCUGCGACUGCUGGCGCUACUGCUGACGUUGACGUUGAUAUGCUGUCCGAUGCGGAUCCGAACGCUGACGAAAAGCUGGACACCGAAUAA